GUGGCUACGUCUGUGCUCCAUGCAUUGUCGUGUAUUGAAGAGCGGGAAGAAGAACAAGUACGAGCUCGUCCCUUUCGCCAGUCGACCUGCUGUCCUCGUUUCGCCCCCGGCCAACGAAGACGUGGCUGCCGAGCGUGGCAUUCUUUCUCCUCCGGCGUCGAUGAAGAUGAAUAAGAGGUGUCGAAUUGCGACCGCCUGGAGGGAGUACGGGGACGAAAUUAAGAAGACUAAAGUCGAAGUGAGAGUCGGGGCCUUUCACGCCUACGUGAGAAGCAAGAUCAUGGAGUGGAUAGGUGACGUCUGGGAAUCGUAAUAGGACAGGCCCAAGUCCAUUGGGGAGGAGACGUAAGUUGUUUUAUUUGUUAUAGGCUAAGAAUGUGUACGAUAGUGUCCGACCGUCACGGUUCAGAUAUGCUUAUGCUCUUUGUCUGUCUCACGUACGAAGUGGGUGACGAUCACGGCAAAUAUACAUAUAUCAAGGUAGAAGAUUUCCAUUCCCGUCAGUCGUACGCAAGCGUCAGAUCGUUGUUACAGUCAACCAACAUCGCACCGGCUCCCUUUCCUGACAACACUCUCAGCAUGUUACGCGAAACGACGAUAACACCGGGGGACGUUCCGGCCUUCCAAAUUUUCGCUGAGUACAUGAGAGCAGUGGAUCGGCGACAACUGCAGCGUAUCGGCGCCAUGGACUGGUCUUUGGCGAAUCUGUGUCAACACGAAGCGCUUCUAGAGGAGGGGAGACUCAUGAUGCUGCGACUGUAUGAAGUCGAUCAAUACGGAGACAGAGGGAUGGGUGCUUUCGGUCCAUGGAGCUCAUUGUUUGACGUUAUGCGGGUUUCAGCAUCCACGUCGUGGCUGAUCGAAGGCUGCAUGUCAGCGCUCGCUUUGGACAAUACGAGGACACCAGCUGAGGAGAUGCUCGAGCUCUCAGAUUCAGCUCCACGAUGCACUGCGGGCGAUCGAACUUGUCACGACGGUUAUACGGCCACGAAAGAGCGAGAGCGACGGACAUGGAAGGUCGAAAACGUUGUCAGCAUCGAGGUCGUUGUUUCGAUUCACAAUCAGGAACGUUCGUAUAGGAGUGGGGUGCCUUGA